AUGCCUGUCACUGAAGCCAGCCAGCUAGAUGAGGACCCAAAGUAUAACACUGAGAUAGAUGAAGUCCGGGAUAACAUUGAUGGUGGGACCAUAUUUUCUGAUGAGGGGCCCGAAGCGGCGUAUAUGAAACGAAUGUAUUUAGACAUACACCCUAGAAGAGAAACUGAUAAUGUUGAUGUUGAUAAAUUUAUACACAAACGUUUAGAGGAAAACUCAGUGAAGUAUAAUAAUGGUAUGUUGAAAGACAGUGAUGGAAAACAGAAAAACCAGGAUCAAGUAAGAAGAGCAGCUAAGAAGAAGGCAAACGAUAAGAAGCUUAGCAAUACGUUAAAAAAUACAUACGUACUCGACUACUUCGAUCGCGUUCUGUCUAACAGAAGUAAGAUACCCAAAUUUUUGAACACUUAUCUUAGACUUAAUGCCAAAUAUGUUGGAGAGCAACAAUCUGCGAAAGGUAGAUAUAGGGUACAAGUUGAAUUUAAGAAUAUUAAUCUUGUAAACUCAAUUAUUACCGGCUUCUUACAAAUAUCAGGGUUGACGGAACAGCCUGAGAUCACAACUUGUUUCAGAGGGGAAAUAAUCAACAAUCCAUUAAAUAAAUAUGAUUGGCUGUCUAAUGUGGACUUUCCUUUUGAGGAUGUACCGAUUAAAAAGUUUUCAUUCUUGACGGAAAAUAAGAAUUGGGGAUCAUUUAAAGGUAAUGAUCUUGAUCAUUGGGAUAGACUCACCUCUACAACUUCAUCGGAAAAACAAUUGAAGCGUAGAUUGCAUAAUAUCCAAACAGGACAGGAAAACAAUGAUUUCAUUUAUAUGAGAUGGAAGGAAGAAUUCCUCUUACCAGAUGCAAGCGUUAAGCUGAUAAAUGGAGCUUCAUUUGAAGGUUUUUAUUAUGUGAUGCUUAACAUUGGGAGUUCUCUGAAUGAUCCAAACACGGCAUGCGAUUACUCAAAAAUGACACCAGGAUCAAUUCGUGGGUUAUAUUAUCAUAAGACUUCCGAAAAGUUUCAAUCUCUUAGCUUGAGGUACGUUGAGGAUAGAGGUACUUCUAAUUCUUUUAAUUUCGCUUAG